GGUCGGUUCCUCGCUCCAAGCACGACUAUAAAGAAGCCCGCCUUUGAAAACCACUGAUUAUUGGAAUGUCCGAGUCUGGGUAGAAGCUUAACCUUGUCUCGUAGACCCAGAACACAAUGGCCUCAAUCCUCGGUGGCCUUCGUCAUUUUCGUACAAUCUUCAACCCGCCGGCUGCAGAAAAGUCAGAGGAUGCCCUCAAAUUCGGCAUUCUCGGUGCUGCUAAUAUUGCGCCCCUUGCAUUGAUUCUUCCCGCCAAGACCCAUCCGGAUGUGGUCAUCUACGCCGUGGCUGCACGUGACAAAAAUAGAGCUACUGAUUAUGCACUCAAAUACAACAUCCCUAAUGUGAUGGAUGAUUACCAAGCCGUACUCGAUGAUGCCAACGUCGACGCUGUGUACAUUCCUCUACCUAAUGGCUUACAUCUGGAAUGGGCGAUGAAAGCAUUAGCUCAGGGGAAACACGUGCUUCUCGAAAAGCCGUCGACAUCCAAUACAGCAGAAGCUGAGAUGCUUUUUCGUUCGCCCAUCUUGGCAAAGCAAAAACCUGCUGCGCCGAUCAUACUAGAAGCAUUUCACUAUCGAUUCUCACCUGCGUGGAAUUGCUUCAUGUCACACAUCAACCAGCCACGCGUUGUCAGCGUACAUGCCACUGCCGUCGUCCCUGGACGACUCAUCCCACAUACCGACAUUCGCUUCAACUACAGCCUUGCAGGAGGGGCUUUAAUGGACAUCGGCACCUAUUGUGUAGCUGCUGUCCGAGAGAUCUAUGGUACCGAGCCUCAGACGUGCCUCGAAAGCACGAUGAAUUCAAUGCCGACACCUUAUGAACGCUGCGAUGGUUCAUUCAAGGUUGCCUUCAGAUUUCCCAAUAAUGAAACCACUGGCGUCGAUGAACCAGUCCGUGUCGGUUUAGUUGAAGGUAGUCUGCAGGCCCCUCUGAUCGAUUUCCGGUUGCCCCGGAUCGAAGUUCUCCAUAGUCCAGUGACAACGGAGACCCUAUUGUCCACAAACUCUAAAGUUUUGACAACUGCAAGGCGAAAGGUAACUUUCUACAACUUUAUGUUUCCCCAUUUCUACCACAGGAUCGACAUUGAGGACGAUGUAACGGUGGAAAGAGUUUGCACAGGAGAGUCCGAAGACAGGCAGCUCAUCAGCAAAUCGACAGUAAAACAACAGAAAAAAGCGUACACGUUCCAGGACAUGGGUAUGGACGCAGGCGGCGAAGAGUAUUGGCUGACGUAUCGUUGGAUGUUGGGGCAAUUUGUAGACCGAAUUCGUGGCAGAAACCCGGCAGGGCCUAGCAUCUGGUAUGAGCCCGAGGAGAGUAUCGCUCAGAUGAAGGCCCUAGACAUGGCGUAUGAAAAGGCCGGGCUUGGCGCAAGACCUAGUGGAGAAUACAUAACUAAGUCUGAUAGAGAUUAA